AUGCCCUCUGCAGGCGGCAAAGGUGGCAAGGGUCUCGGAAAGGGUGGCGCCAAGCGUCACCGCAAGAUUCUUCGUGACAACAUCCAGGGUAUCACCAAGCCCGCUAUCCGCCGUCUCGCGCGCCGUGGUGGUGUCAAGCGUAUUUCAGCCAUGAUCUACGAAGAGACCCGUGGUGUCCUCAAGACUUUCCUCGAGAGCGUUAUCCGUGACGCCGUCACCUACACUGAGCACGCCAAGCGCAAGACCGUCACCUCCCUCGACGUUGUCUACGCCCUCAAGCGCCAGGGCCGUACCCUCUACGGUUUCGGUGGUUAA